AUGGCUGCUCCCUCCAGCGCCGUCGCUCAAGCGCAAGCUGCAGCCGCGCUCGCAGCAGAAGAACAAGCCGCAGCAGCAGCGGCCGCAGGGGAGGAGCAGCCGGAGGCAGCGGCGGCAGCGGCGGCACAAGCAGCGGCGGCAGCAGCGGCACAAGCAGCGGCGGCAGCGGCUGCACAAGUAGCGGCGGCAGCAGCAGUGGUGGUGCAUCCUCCUCCCCCUCCCGUCAACCAAAACCCUGAGGUGAACGUGGGAGGAAACCAGUCCGCCGUGAAUCUCAACGCAGUCCUCCAGCAUAUUUUGGCUGGUCAACAAGCGCAGGCUGUCUUCAAUGCGAACAUCGCGCAGCAACUGGAGCAAUUGCAUCAGCAGCAACCACCGGUCGCCGCCCCGUUCGCUGGCCAAUUCCUGGCGGAGCCUGCGGGAGGAGUUCUACACCCCCUCCCGGCCAUCGGAGGAGUUCCGCACCCCCACCCGCCCGCUGCUGCUGCCCCGGCUCGCGCGGCCGCGCCCGCCGGUCUGUCGGAGGGCGCGAAGCUGGCGGCCAAGCUUCAGGCGAAUUUGUGGGCCACGGACGCGGCCACACCCAAGUGGUUCAUCAUUCGCGGCGGCUUCCAUGUCGGGCGCGUCAUGAACAAGGAGCGGCUUACCCUAGCGACUAGAAAAUUCGCUCUCAUCACCGACAAGGCGGCCGCGCAAAUCUCUAAAUUGACGGACUUUGCGGCCGAGCACUUCUUCACCAAGAUGCCAGACGGGGUGCUGCCCACGGCAAUGCCGCCGCAAAUGCAUAUCACGGUGGCGGUGAAAGUGUUUUUCGCAGCUAUCGAAGCCGGCAUGGGGGGGGCGGAUGCUCUCUGCACGGAGCGCGUGAAGAGCCUGCACAGGGAAUUUCUGGCGGUCGAAUAUCAGCUCUCAGCGUACCUUACGCUCCAUUUCGUGGAGCUGGCCGCGUUUCCCGGCGAAGACCCGCGACACUGUCUUGGCAGCGAACAUAGCAACGGCCCCCCAACGUCGGCCUCCGUCAUCAGCAUGGAGUCGCCGAAGUUCACGAAGCUAAAAAACCUGAUCAAGGAGGAAGACUCUAAUUCCCUCGUCGCGAGGUCAAAGUCAUGGUCCGCGGAGAAGACGGCCCCGCCCACCCCCGCCGCCGCAUCUGCCGCCGCCGCCUCCGCCGGGGAGGAGGGGGGGGGCGCGGGAGCGCCAACUUUGGCCGCGGGGCCGGGGCCGGGAGCGGGACUUGACGGGGCGGGCUCUGCCUUCAGGCAGAGCCGACAUCAGGAGGGAGGGGGUCUCCAGCGGGAGCCGGUACCCUCUUCGCAGACAUCGGGAGAUCCGUCGGGGUUCCCGGUGUCUCCACACCUGGGUCUGUUUCGCCGACCUGUUUUUACGGUGAGCAAGGGUCGGUACCGCUAUCCUUUGGGUUGGCACUAGAGAGAACCGCAGAGACAGUCGCUCACAGACCCGCAGGUUCAGAUGUCCGGAUGUUCAGCAAACACACGCCCACCAAUUCGCCGUAGUAGGAACCGCAGGGACAGAUGCUCACGGAGCCACAGGUCCGGAUGUUCACGGCUUCCACAGCUCAGAGUUGGCACUUGUAAGAACCGCAGGGACGGAUGCUCACGGAGCCGCAGGUCCGGAUGUUCAGUGCAAACAC